GAUCACAAAUAUCACAGUUGAGACCUCUCGCCAUGAUUCCAGACUCCAACCUAAAACCCAUGAUGGGCAAUUCAUGCUCUAAUUGCUCUGAUGACACAUCUGUUCUCCCAUCCGAUCCUGCAAAAGUAAUAUUCAAGAAAGGCGCACAUGUUCAUUGGACUGGAAAAGGAGAAAUCUCAACAGCCCCUGCACCUGACAUUGAAACUGCACCAAAAAUUCGCAGCGUCACUAUGAGCCGAGAUUCGAUAUCGGAAAUCCAUUCGAACAUUGGCGCUUCGGCCGAGGAUGCUGAAUUUGUUACCGUUACCGUGAGAUCGGAGCGCAUGAGAGAGGAGGUUUGUCCUGAGGAAGGGCGGGGAAACUUCAGCAUUAGGUGUUACUAUAUGAUAAAGUUGGAGAAUGGGGAAGUGAAAAAGGUUGAAGAGGGACAGUGAAGUCAAAUAACAAAGGAUCGAUAA